GGAAGUGAGGGAGGAGAAAGCGGAAGUGAGGCCGGAGGGACCGGAAGUGGCGCUGCGGAGGAGGAAAGGCCGUAAUUCGGGCUGUAAGUGCGGCCUGUUCCGUUAUAACGCGACGUGGGGGGACGGAAACACCGGAAGUCGGUCGGUAAAAGGCGGAAGCGGCGGCUCUGAGCCACGUUAAUGCCUUUAGGAGCGGGAACCGGAAGUGAGGCUGCGAGCCUGGGGGCUUGUUCCGGUAAGGAGGAGGAAAAGGACAAUGGCGGCACCGGAAGUGCAGUUUUAAAGCAAUCGGAGGGGAACCGGAAGUGAGAAGGGAGGAGAACGGAGCGCUUCCGGUAAGGAGGGAGGGACCGGAAGUGUGGAGCGGAGACCGAAAUCUCGCGAUGACUCAGUAGGAGGGACGGACCGGAAGUGAGGGGCUGCGAGACCGGAAGUCUCACCGUGAUUCAGUAGAAGAGAUUCGGACGGACGAUAAAACCGGAAGUGUGGCAGGGCGACCGGAAGUCCCGCGUUGACACAGUAGUUAGGCCGAACCGGAAGCUAGGCCCCGCCUAGCCGGAAGUUGUUAUAUGAGCCAAUAGGAGGAGACCGGAAGUGCGUGACCGGAAGCGCCGGCCCCGCCUAUCGCCGCCCAUCGUCGCGGUGCAUUGUGGGAGGAAGCGGCGGAGCGCGGCCCUCGGCCAAGAUGGCGGCUCCGUGAGGCGGCCUCAGCGCUGCCCCCCGGGCGGAGCCGGGUCCGACAUGGAGCGGAACUACGCGGCUGCCGGGUUCGGGGACCCGCUCGGAGCCGCCUCGGGGUGGGGGUACGAGCGGGGAGCGAAGGCCAGUUUGGUCUAUGGGGGCUCCCGGGGGUCUCACCCCGACCCCGACCUGCUGCACCGCCAGCCCUAUGGCGCCCCACACCCACUGCAGGGCUACGCGGCCAACCACCAUCCCGCAGGUCUGUCUGGUCUGUUUGACACUCGGCCUUCACCCCCAUUGAUUCUCCCCCGCUUCUCAUUAAUAUAA